AUGGUGUCAUCUUGGUUUGCUAAGGCCGUUUCACGCCUUUUAUGCUCGGUCUAUGCAGCUUCAUUCUGCCGACGGCCUUCAACUGCCAAUUUCCCGCCCCUUCUAGACGCAACUCUAGAUGAUCUACGCCAAGGGCUUAAUAGCGGUCUCUUCACUAGCGUUGACUUGGUGAAUGCCUACGUCGCUCGUAUUAACGAGGUAAACAAUGACCUGCACGCCAUCGCUGAGAUCAACCCUGACGCAGUCUCCAUCGCUGCUUCUCUAGACCAAGCGCGAACGCAAGGUGAGCCUCUUGGCCAUCUCCACGGCAUCCCAGUGCUCCUGAAGGACAACAUUGCGACCAACGACAAGAUGAAUAACACUGCUGGCUCUUUCGUGCUCGUUGGAGCCAAAGUUGGCCAAGACAGUAAUGCGGCGGACAGGCUCCGCAGAGCCGGUGCCGUUAUUCUUGGUAAGACCACCAUGGACCAAUGGGCGACUUUUCGGGGUACCAACUCCAGCUCUGGAUGGUCUGCUCGAGGGGACCAGCCGAUCGGGGCGUUCUAUCCAAACCAAGACCCGUCGGGGUCCUCCUCAGGAAGUGGAAUCGCAUCUUCAAUCGGUCUCGCGUGGGCUUCACUUGGCACGGAGACACUGGGGUCGAUUACUAUGCCCUGCGAUGUCUCCAAUCUCGUGGGAAUCAAACCCACUCUCGGUCUCGUCUCACGGCACCUCGUCAUACCGAUUACCGAGCACCAGGAUGUAGUCGGUCCAAUGGCUCGUACGGUGAAAGAUGCCGCGCAUUUACUAGCAGCUAUCACAGGGCCGGAUCCCCGAGACAACUACACUUCAGCUAUACCGUUCACGGAGACGCCAAACUACGCCGCAGCUUGUGUUGACUCAGGUCUCCAGGGGAAACGAAUUGGUAUCCCGAGGCAUCUGUUUAAAGACGCACCUUGGCCGAAUACCAACUACUCCAUCUCCAUCUUCGACUCUGCGGUAGACACUCUGAGAUCUGCCGGAGCUGAGAUUAUCGACGACAUACGGCUUCCCGUGGGUGACCAUGUUACACGUCUACUCAGCCUAUCUGGCCAGGUCAUGGGUGCAGACUUCCUCGUAAACCUCGAGGAAUACUUUGCGAAGCUUACCUACAACCCUCACAACAUCACCACGGUCGCCGAGCUUCGAAAUUGGACGCAAGGCGACCCACGCGAAGGCUAUCCGGAACAUAAUACUGAACUCUGGGAUAGAGAGCUUGUAAGAGGGAUUCGCAACACCGAUCCCCUCUUUUGGGAGCUUUACACCGAGAGACAGUAUCUUGCGGGUCCUCUGGGGUACGAGGGAGCUUUGAAGAACCAUUCGCUCGACGCUCUGGUGCUUCCGACGAAAUACGUAUUGGGUCCCGCGGCGCUUCUAGGCACGCCGGUCAUAACUGUUCCUUUCGGAAGGCAUCCGGACGACACGCCGAUUGUGAAGGAUGACCUCGGCAAUCUCGAUGUUUUGGCACCGAACUUGCCUUUUGGUAUUGGUUUUGCUGGUGCAGCGUUCAGCGAGGAGAAUUUGAUAAGCAUGGCAUAUGCUUUCGAGCAGAGGACUAAAGCUCGUGCCGCGAUCAAGCCAUAUAUCCAGCCAAAAACUGAGCUAGGGGAUAUUGUACAGUCGAAACAAUGCCGAACGAAUCGUCUGGACCUUUUGUAG